GGUCGGCAUCCUAUUAUUACGCACUCCCAACGUUUUUGCUUACCGCGUCAAUCGUAAAAAGGCAGACAGCGUACUGUCUGCAUUCAACAAGGCUAAACUAACGACCAUCACGAUGUCAGCUACAGCUCGUGCAGAGGCCCGUCGCAAAGCUAUUCUCAGCAGAGGAACUGACCGUCUGUCGAAAUUGACGACGACUGCUCGUGGAGAAGAUGCUCCCACAUAUAUGAAUGCUGACACUCCUCCCAGAGCUGCAGCUGCUAGUUUUAUGGGCGAGGCACCGAGCAUGCCUCCUCCGCCAAAUAUGCCGUCCCCGUACUCUUUUGGAAAUGCAGGCCUUGGCGGUGCAGCGCCCGACCCAUCUGUUUGGUCAGAAGAGCAUCAUAGGCAGUUUCUUCAAGCUCUCAUGGGUGGCGCAGCCAAUUCUCCACAAUUUCCUCAGCCUCAGAUCCCGGCUGCAGCCUCCAACGGAGCAACUGCACCUCCUCCAGGUGAUCCUUUCGCUGCGAUGAUGAAUUCCUUACAACAAAUGGACCCGUCUCGUGGUGGCGCUACCGGAAAAGUACCUGAACCUCCCGCACCUACAAAGCCUCCCUCGGUCGUGCAGAAGUUCACGCCAUUGCUGCAUAUCCUAUGCACAUGGCUUAUUCUGGGAUUUUUUGUGCUUUUCAAAGAACCCCAAAUAUUAGUCGAGCGCAGCGGUGGUUUUUCGGAAAGUUUCUGGAAACGUUGGGCAGAGCUUGCUUGGAGAAGCUCUAGCAUCGAGGGCUGGGGAGUGCAGUUCGUGCCGUUCAUGUGGGCUUUCAUGACUGCGCAAGUCAUGCUUCACUCAAUACGUAUAUACACGGGCAACGCAAGUUUCUUUAGGUUGCGAAUGAAUGUUGUGCUGAUUAUACUUGCACAGAACCAAGUACGGCCCCCGAUUUUGUUGGCGCUGGCUAUGCCUCAUUUGCCCCCUCCAUUCCCAUCUAUCAUCACGAAUGGCUUGCGCUAUGUCCAGAUGGGAGGCGCCAUUCUUGAUGAUCUGUCGGCGGUUGUAUUUGGAAUUGGGAUGGUUGUGUUGAUCGCUGGAUGGUUCGCUGGAUGAUCGGUUCACCCUCUGUAAAUUCUGCCAGUAUGAUGAGUUUAGGAUC